CCCAAUGGAAACAUUAAGGUUGUAGCCCUUGACUUGUUUGAAGCAUUUCACGUUAGAGUCAUCCGUUCCACGUUGAGGAGUAGAUCUGAGGAGCUUUUAAGUUUGAUAAUUUAGAGUGUCCAUUAAUGGCAGAAGUUCUAGUUCCAGCAGUCAUAGAGGAGGUUCCACCUGUUUCCAAAGCAGAGGAGGUCCCAGUUAGCUCCGAGGAGGUUCCAGUCAGCACAGAGGAGACCACUCUUUCAGGAAAGAAGAGAAAGAUACCCCUUUUUGUCAUCUUCAAGGAUGCAAGCCGUGUCUUCAAGAAGGAUGAACUGGGCAUGGAGAUAUUAAGGAUUGCAUUUCCUGCAGCACUGGCUCUAACAGCUGACCCCAUUGCUUCUCUGAUCGACACGGCAUUCAUUGGACGAAUAGGUGCUGUGGAGCUUGCUGCUGUGGGAGUCUCUAUUGCAGUGUUCAAUCAAGUUUCAAGGGUAACAAUAUUUCCACUUGUUAGCAUCACAACUUCUUUUGUUGCGGAGGAAGAAACUGUUGCAAGAGUGCAUGGUGAUGAACAUGAAACUGACAAUUUAGAAAAAGGGUUGUCCACAUGCAAAGAUAUGAAGGAAUUUAUUCCAGAAUGUGAUACUGAAAAAACAGCUUGCCAGCCAUCUUCAAACACUGUUGGAAAGUCAAAAAAAUCGAAAUCUAAACAUGUAAAGAGGCAUAUUCCAUCAGCAUCAUCAGCAUUGGUUAUCGGCGGGAUACUUGGCCUUCUCCAAACCAUAUUCCUAAUUUUUGCAUCAAAACCAGUCUUGAGUUUCAUGGGUGUGAAAUCUGGUUCCCCUAUGAUGACCCCAGCUCUAAGGUACUUGACAUUGAGGUCACUUGGUUCUCCUGCUGUUCUUCUUUCUUUGGCCAUGCAAGGGAUCUUUCGAGGAUUUAAGGACACGAAAACUCCUUUAUUUGCUACUGUGGCAGGGGAUCUAACAAAUAUAAUUUUAGACCCCAUACUGAUGUUCGUUGUCCGUUUGGGUGUCAGUGGUGCAGCACUUGCCCAUGUCAUUUCUCAGUACCUCAUUGCUGUAAUACUUUUGUGGAGAUUAAUGAAACAUAUUGAACUGUUACCUCCAAGUAUUAAAGACCUACAAUUUAGUAGGUUUCUUAAAAAUGGUUUUCUGCUCCUUAUGAGGGUCAUUGCAGUAACAUUCUGUGUUACGCUGGCAGCAUCAAUGGCUGCACGGGAGGGUCCAACUCCAAUGGCUGCAUUUCAGAUCUGCCUACAGGUCUGGUUGACAACAUCUCUUCUUGCUGAUGGAUUGGCUGUUGCUGGACAGGCAAUACUUGCAAGUGCAUUUGCUGAAAAGGAUUACGAAAAAGCAAAAGCCACUGCAGCCCGAGUAUUGCAGAUGAGUUUGGUAUUGGGGUUGGGGCUUUCAAUGUUUAUUGGAAUUGGCUUGUUUUUUGGAGCUGGAAUAUUUACAAGGGACAUUAAAGUUAUUCACCUCAUACAUAUAGGCCUUCCGUUUGUCGCAGCUUCUCAGCCUCUCAAUUCCUUAGCAUUUGUUUAUGAUGGUGUCAACUUUGGAGCAUCUGAUUUUGCUUUUACCGGAUACGCCAUGGUCCUUGUAGCUGCAGUGAGCAUUGUGUCCUUAUUCUUUCUGUCUUCUAGCAAUGGUUUUGUUGGAAUUUGGAUUGCUUUGACAAUCUAUAUGAGUCUACGUGCAUUAGCCGGCUAUUGGCGAAUGGGAACUGGAACUGGACCUUGGAGAUUCUUAAGGAGCUAGUUGUACACUCUAUAUAUGAAUAAUGCCUCUUGUUCCCUAGUUUUUUAUACACAGAUAUACAGAUAGAUGUAGAGUUUUCCCUCUUCUGUUUUUUUUUCUGCCCUGAGGGAUAGGUCUGUGAAUCUCUCAUGUGGUGCUCAUUUGUUAUUGCUUCAGUGCUGAGCCUUUCAGACUGUUUUAGUUCAAUGUUGACUCUUUUU